AUGGCGACAAUGUGGUUCCCUAAAAAAUGUCCCCAACAUGAUGGGGAAGCUUACACUGGCAAAAACAGUUGGACUUAUAAAUUUAGUAAAACGUGUUUUGUUAGAUCAGACCGACCAAACAAAGUCCUGGUUGCUUAUAACGGGGAUGAAUCAUUAGCUAAAAAGUUCAAUCAUAAACAAAUUAGCAUUGCAAGAAAAAAAGUUUAUAAUAAUGAAGAUUCUGAUGAUGGAGAAGAUGAAGAUGGUAAUGACAACAACAAAGAUGGUGAUGAUGAGGUUGAUGAAGCAAGUGAUGUGGCCCUAGUGGGGUGCGGGGCCUUGAGUGAGUUAGGGGGUGCAGGGCCUAGUAGUAUAAGUUGGGAGUACGAAACGAGCCAUAACAAACAAACGGAGGAAAACAAUAAUUUACAUAAAAUUACUGGGGUAUAA